AUGCCUCCAUCUCCAUCUCCACCUCCACCACGUCUACCCCUUUUUUCCUAUGAAUCAUUACUUCUAUUACGUGGGUCAACGCCCAUGAUUGUGGGGUCUAUGUCAUUUGCAGUUUUCACAGAUAUUUUUGUUUAUUCCAUCAUUGUCCCCGUGGUCCCAUAUGUUUUAGAAUCACGCCUAGGGAUUGCUGAAUCAUCUGUACAAACAAAUACUUCAAAGAUUCUAGCAUUAUACUCGGUGGGGCUUAUUGUCGGGUCGAUUGUGUUUGGGUAUGCGGCUGACAGACUCACCCACCGACGGCUCAUCAUGUUAUUGGGGCUUGCCAUUUUAACUGGCGCAACAUUAAUUCUUUUUUUCGCAAAAUCAAUGGCACUAUACAUGGUAGGCCGUGUGAUUCAGGGAUUAUCUGCGGCCGUGGUAUGGGUGGUUGGACUGGCAAUUAUAGCAGAUAUUGGAGACUCUUCUAAUAUGGCAUUUCUAAUGAGUUUCCCAGGAAUUGGGUUAUCAUUUGGAAUGUUUAUGGGACCCUUGGUUGGAGGAGUUGUAUAUGAUAGGGCCGGGUAUAAUACAGUAUUUUAUGUUUGUUUUGGAGUAUUGGCGGUAGACAUUUUACUUCGGGUAGUUAUGUUGGAGAGGUCUCAUAUGGAAGAGAUUUGUGCGAAACGGGCACAAGAAUUGAUGACGGCGGGUACUACGGAGGCUUCUUUGUCUCCGGCUCUAGCAGAGUUUGUGCGGGUCUAUUGCCCAAAGGAGACUUUUGAAGCGAGCCCUAACCCUGAUGCCGAAACCAAGAAAGAGGAGGCCAAAACCCAAACCCAAACCCAAACCCAAACCCAAACCCAAACCCAAACCCAACCACAAACUAUAAGCAAAGCAACAGUGCCGCCAUCACCUUUUGGAGUGACUGUGUUUAAGCGGCGCAUAAGAUUGCCAGCGUAUAUUGGUCUUUUAGGGGAUGUGCGUAUUGCCAAUGCCUUUUAUCUGAGUAUCAUUCUUGCUUGGAUUAUGACAGCUUUUGAAAGUAUUUUAACGUUACAUGUUGAAAGUGUUUUUGGGUUUUCUUCAUUACAAGCUGGGUUAUUGUUUAUAGCAUUUGCCGGGCCAUCAUUAUUUGAGCCUGUGGUUGGUCGGUUGAGUGAUAGGUUGGGGCCUCGGCACAUUGUAUUUGGAGGGUUUAUGUUGGCUACACCUGCGUUAAUUUUGAUGCGGCUUGCUGAUCAUGAGAAGAGUGCAGGCCGGAUUGCAUGUUUAAGUAUUUUAUUAGUUGCAGCUGGGCUUUGUGUUUCUACAAUUUUUGCACCAGUGACUAGUGAAUUUUCUAAUGCUGUUACAGAGGUGGAAGCCAAACAUCCUGGAGCUUUAGGAACUGGAAGAGGGUUUGGACAAGCUUAUGGAUUAUUUAAUGUGGCAUAUGCUUUGGGAUCGUUGAUCGGGCCCUUUGCAGCUGGUGGAAUUGCGUCUUCACACGGGUGGGGGUCUGCGGUGUUGUCACUUGGGGUAGUUACAUUUGUUUCUGGGGUUGCCACGUACCCCUUUACUGGAGGGAUUUUGAAGCGAGGGACUGGUAAUAAUAAUGAUAAUGAUAAUGAUAAUAAUGUAUAA